AUGCGCUUUCGAAUAGAGGAUCUACAAGUGAUGCAGUUUUAUACCAUCGGGGAGCGGGAAUGGAGAGUUGGAGAGGCUCUACAGGUAUGCCGUCCUUACCUCGUUGUACGACGAGGUACGCACCAGACCGUCGAGACGAAGGAGAUGAUGCAGUGUUUCAUCACCACCCACGAGUGGAAUGCGCACCUACACCUUUGUAAUAAAAACGCCAUGCGCUUGGGCGUCGAUGCCUGGAGGAGUUGGGACUCCUUUACCCUUGAAGUCGACAAAUUGGCUUGUAAAUUCAAUGGCAAGGUAAGCUUACUUGAGUGCUACCACUUCAUGACCGUCAUGGUCAAGUUUGUCGAUGGUAUAACCAUCACCACCAUUCGCUGUUUGAUGGUAUUAACGUCCCAAAGAAAGGAUCCUGCGAGGAUCGAACGGUACUGCGUGUCGAACUUCAAGUCCCUCUGUGAUGGAAUGGUAAUGCGCGGUUUUCCGACUUCAAAAGGCUUCUGUCUGGUCCAUAUAGCUGGUUGUCCAGUUGAUAUGGCUAAAUGUCCUCAAAGUUGGGACGAGGAGCCACUGGGAUAUUUGCCAGAAUCAAGUCGGGUGGCGGCCGGCGCUGAGGUAAAUGCAAACUUGGAUCUACUUCGCCAAACGAAGUCGCCUUCGUCACUACGCCGGCACAUUCAUUUCAAAACCGGCCGCAUCGCGAUCUGGGAUAUUUGUACGAGACUUCGCGGCUUCCCUUCCGAAUUUGCCUCCAAUAGCUGGCAACUGAACUUUGUCAGACGACAUACCGCAUCGAUCCAUCCAGUCGCGACUCCCAUCGAUCCUGUCGUCGUUGUGGGAGACCGUGUUCGACUUUGA